CAGCACUGGUCAUUUAUCGGUAGCACAUCAAAAUUCAAAACUUUUCGGUUACAAACUACUCAAAAUUAUAGUUUCGAAAAUGAUGGCCAGCUUGUGGGUGCGGCGGCUGUUGACAAGUUGCGAUGGCAUUGGCAACAAGUUAGUACGUGCCGCUUCCUCAUUCGACAGCGUGAUGAAGCCGCUGGAGGGUUUCAAGCCGACGCCAUCGUUUAAGAUAACCGUGGUAGGUUCGGGCCAGGUCGGAACUGCAGUUGCGGCAUUUCUUUUGGCGCGCAACCUCACCAAAAAUCUGGUUAUCCAUGAUGUGAAAUACGAUUUGGCCACCUCGGAGGCGUUGGAUUUCUCCCAUGCGUCUGCCUUCCUGGGCAAUCCGAUUGUCCGAGCCUGUGGUGAUGGAAAUCGUACCAAGAAUUCCGAUGUUAUUAUUAUUACAGCGGGUGCGAGGCCUUCAGGCAAAACUCGAUCUCGCCUGGACGUGAUGCAUAAAACGGUUGAGAUUCUCAAGUCGGUGGUACCCAAGCUGGCCAAAUUGAGCCCCAAGGCGGUCUUCAUUGUCAUCUGCAAUCCAGCCGAUGUGAUGACCUUUGCUGUGCAGCGCAUCGGGAACCUGGAGAAGCAUCGGUGCUUCACCACCGGCUGCCACCUGGACACGGCCCGCUUUCGUUAUCUAAUCGCGAAACGCCUCAAGGUUCCCACAUCGGAUGUCAAGGGCUAUGUUAUAGGCGAGCAUGGCAGUACCGCCGUGCCCGUGUGGUCCAGUGUCACGGUGGGUGGGAUUCGACUGAGCGACAUCGUGAAGGAUUUGGGCACGGCCAAGGAUGCGGAGAAAUGGUCGGACCUCGUCGAUGGCAUCCUAAAUGCCGGAGUGCACGUGAGCAAGGCCAAGGGCUAUACAAAUUGGGCCGUGGGGUUGACUACCUCAGAUGUGGUGGCCUGCAUGCUGCAGAAUACCGGCAAAGUGUGCUGCGUGGGUACAGAUGUGAAGGGACUGUACUGUCUAAAGGACAGUGUGGUACUUUCUGUGCCCUGUCGGGUCACAGCCAACGGAAUUAGCCACAUUAUGGAGUUGCCACUGACCGAAGAUGAGCAUAAGAACUUGUUGAAAUCAGCUGAUACACUGCUUUCGGCCCAGUGCUCCUUAAAAUGGUGAUCUAUUGAUUCAGCCCUCAAGCUGAAAAUAGAACAGAGAAUAAGAGAAUAAAAAGAAAGAGAAAGAAGCAAACAAAUAAACAGCUCCCACCAUCAAGCAUUCCACAGAGUGAGACAGAGCGAGAGGAAAAGAAAUCACUUGCCCAUUGCCCUUUCCACUUGCCAGCGACGUCACAGUGAUAAGAAUGAGCGAGCAAGCGAGACGACCAUAUACAUAUUUACAACUGUAAAAGUGCAGCGGCAAUCAGUUGAGCAUACCGCACGCCCGCGCCGCCUGCUCUUCCAUGUUUUGCUGGUGCCCUGUGCCCAGAGAUCAGAAAUUUUUGUAAUUUCCAUCAAAAUUAUGAUUAAUUUCUUGUGCCAAAG